CAGAUUUGGUGAAUAUCUUUAUUUUGUUGUGGCCUGUUUCCUCUUAAUAAAAUUGUAAAUUGCACAUUCGAUAGCAUCUUACACUAAAAUCUAUCAACAUAGAAAGAGAGAAAAUCUUAUAAAUUUAUUUUUAAAAAAUAAAAAAAUAAAACUCUUUCCACCAAUGAAGUUGGCAGUCUCCAUACGGUAAGAAAGAAAGAGAAGUUGACUGAGGCACCCAACAUCACCUUUAAAUUCCCUUCAUUUUUUUGGUAUCUCUUACCCUAAAAUCUUGCUAUAAAACAAAUACCUUUCAUCUUCGUGUUCAUCUUGCAAUCUCUAAACAUCCAAAAUUCGUAAGUUUUCGAUAUACGAGUCGUGAAACACACAACAAAAUGAAGCCUUACCUUACUAAUUCUAGUAGUUUUUACCAUAAGAAAUGCUUCAUGAUCUUGUUCAUAAGCACUACUAUGGCCACUCCUCUUCUACCCUUAGAUGUUCUUCCACUCGAAGGUCGACUUAGCUUCGAAGAGAUAAACCAUGCAGCCCGCGAUUUUGGCAACAGAUAUCAGUUCCACCCUCUAGCAGUUCUUCACCCAAAGUCAGUUUCUGACAUAGCCAAAACAAUAAAACAUGUUUGGAAAAUGGGACAGAGUUCUGACCUUACAGUAGCAGCAAGAGGCUGUGGCCAUUCGCUUCAAGGCCAAUCCCAAGCCCACCAAGGUAUCGUGAUUGAUAUGGGAUCGAUUCGAGUUCAUCAUCCAAUACAAGUAGUCCGAAAUGGACUUGUCCAGCCUUAUGUUGAUGUUUCAGGAGGUGAACUCUGGAUUAACAUCCUGCAUGAGACUCUGAAAUAUGGGUUAACACCAAAAUCUUGGACAGAUUAUCUUCAUCUUUCAGUUGGAGGUACUUUGUCCAAUGCUGGUGUUAGUGGACAGGCUUUUCGACACGGUCCACAGAUUAGCAAUGUCCACCAACUUCAGGUUGUUACAGGUAAAGGAGAAGUGGUGAACUGUUCCAAGAACCAAAAUGCAGAACUCUUUCACAGUGUUCUUGGAGGACUUGGACAAUUUGGCAUCAUCACUCGAGCUAGAAUUUCUCUCGAAUCCGCCCCCAAUAAGGUGAAAUGGAUCAGAGUUCUGUAUUCAGACUUCGACACAUUCGUCAGAGAGCAAGAACAGCUCAUAGCAGCAAAGGAAACAUUUGAUUACAUUGAAGGUUUCGUCAUAAUAAACAGAACAGGUCUUCUAAAUAACUGGAGAACAUCUUUCAGUCCACAAGAUCCAGUUCAAGCUAGUCAAUUCAGUUCGGAUGGGAAAACACUUUACUGCUUAGAAAUGGCAAAAUAUUUUAAGCAUGAGGAAGCUGAUCUUGCAGACCAGGAAAUCAGGCUCUUACUUUCACAACUAAGCUACAUCUCAUCUACUCUUUUUAUAGCAGAAGUCUCAUACAUCGACUUUUUAGAUCGAGUUCAUGUGUCUGAGAUCAAACUGCGAUCAAAGGGUUUAUGGGAAGUGCCACACCCAUGGCUCAAUCUCCUAAUCCCUAAGAGCAGCAUCCACAGAUUCGCAGGCCAAGUGUUCGGAAACAUUCUUAAGGACACAAGCAAUGGCCCCAUUCUUAUAUAUCCAGUAAAUAAAUCCAAGUGGGACAACAGAACUUCAGUUGUUAUUCCAGAAGAGGAUAUCUUUUACUUGGUGGCAUUUCUAUCCUCAGCAGUACCUUCUUCGACAGGAAGUGACGGCUUAGACCAUAUCUUGAGUCAGAACAAAAGGAUUCUAGAUUUCUGCGAAUCAGGGCGACUAGGUGUCAAGCAGUAUCUGCCCCACUACAGCACACAGGAAGAGUGGAAAGAUCACUUUGGUCCUAGAUGGGAAAUCUUCAAACAAAGAAAAUCUACUUAUGAUCCUUUGGCCAUUCUUGCACCAGGACACAGAAUUUUUCAAAAGUCUAUACCCUUCUCAUGACACAUAUCAAAAAAUCUACAAUAUCUCUAAAACCUUUAUAAAAGCAAGAUUUGGAAGAAUGAACAGAGAUGUUGUACAUGUAGCAAGAAAACAUGCUUACUAAUUAAAAACUAAAAAGCAUUAUAAUUGAGUGUUAUUGUUUUGUCACCUCAGAAAACUGUAAUUAUGAGAGUGACAGUACAGUUGAUUAGUGGUUUAAAGCUUAAACAUUCCUUUCAAGGAUAUCUUAAUGUAUUUAGCCAUAAUAUACAUCAAAAGGGGCUUAGGAAUUAGGAACCUAUUUAGUAUGAUGCAUACUAAUGAUUAAACCAAGCUAUUUGUUUGA